AUGCGACCUCCUCGUUUAAUUCUCCUUGUGUUUUGCUUUAUCUUCUGUCCUAUCUUCUUCACCUUCUUCAACGUUCUUUCGUCCUCCCCCCGUGUGGCAACUCCCAAUGCGCUCGCAGGUCGACAAAGUGGGCUGCACGCCCUCUUCUCCUUCAACAUCCCCACCUCGCUUUUCCCCCCGUCGGCGAUUAUUAGCCUGACCGAUGAUAACUCGACAUUCUUCCUGGCCAGACCUGCAGCGUUUGGCCCUGCUAUCCCCAGCAAAGGAUUGAGUAGCCAACUUUGGAUUGGCAGUGGGUUUGGGGAUGGAGGCCCCGCUGCGGGUGUAGAAGGAGAACUAGGAUGCUCGGAUAUACCGGGAUGGGGAGAGGGAGACACUCCCCAUCACAAGCAGGACAAAUCUACGUCGAACUUGGAUAAGUUGGCCGGGAAAACAGCAUCUGGUGCCGGGAACGAUCCCUCGCAGAAUAAGCGUCGGGCGGAUUCCCAGCAGGAUUUCGAUUUACCAACGGCCGCCAGUGACGAAGUUUCUCCACCAUCGACGAACGACGGUACCGAUGAUCACCUCCACCACCCCCUUCCCGAAUCCCACGGGAUGGACAACACCGCCUUUGAAAAACGCGGGGAUUACAGCCAAAACAGACCGGAACAUGCAGACAUUCAAUCCUUACAAGAAAGCGCCGAGAUUGCAGGCAAGGUCGUUCUGCUGAGCAGAGGCGGCUGUGGCUUCUUGGAAAAGGUCAAGUGGGUUCAGCGGCGAGGAGGCGUCGCCUUGAUUGUUGGAGAUGACACCAGAGGCGGGAGUCUCGUCACCAUGUAUGCGCGUGGCGAUACCUCCAACGUGACGAUUCCCUCUCUUUUUACCUCCUACACUACAGCGCACCUGCUAUCAUCUCUCAUCCCUCCGCAGGCCGGGGAAGAACUGAGCUUGGACGAUAGUUUAAAAGCUUCUCGCACUAGACUGGCCAGCCAAAGCGCUACAAAAGAUCGGGUAGAAACUUCGACAAUGACCCCUAUUGUCCCGACCCCCACAUCCGCACGCCAGUCAUCGGUCAGUGUGCCACAAAGCAAUUCCGGGUCAAAGGCCGGGGUUUUCCACGCCCUUAUGUCACUGCUAGGAUUGACUAGCAGCGACGGGAGCACAUGGCACCCUUCAGAUAGUCGGCGCCCGCCCAGCAGUGGAAAUAUCAACUGGGUCCUCAUGGAUACUUGGGAUGAGGAAGAGACAUCGUCGUUUGAUGAUCUGGGUGCUGGCCGGCCAAAGUCUGGGAGUAGCACCCAGGGCACCAAGAAGUCCGGAUCGAGAGCAGGCGCUGUUGAUGGCGAUGGGUUCGUUAUCGGUGUUCACGAUUGGCGAGAUCCUGAUCUAGUGGCUCCGAAGAGUAGCGCUCUCCCGUCGUCGAGUGCCUUCCCUGCGCAGGAGGACGUCAAGUCUCAAGACAAUGAUAAGGGUUCAAAUUACGCUUCAGCUAGUCUCAAAGGCGGCAGUAUCACCCCGGGAAGCGGUGAAUACAAAAACGUCGAAAAAUCCAGCAUUAACAGAGAUUCGAGUGUUAGAAGCUCUAACUUUGGGAAGCGGGCUGUAGAUGCUCGAGUCGGCUCCUCUUCAACCUCCGAGAAGGGAUGGUUUUCUAGGUACUUUAGCUUGACAGACGAUGAGGAUCUCGAAUUUGACCGAUAUCCUAGGUCAAGGCUGCAAAGCCGCUCCCAGGAAAGAAAAAUAGACGGUGUUCCCCCUACUCUGGAUCGGCAAAGAAUCGAGACGAGUGAACAUGAGGGCUUGUGGGUCACUUUGACCCCAACAAGCAUGUCUACGAGCCCCUUCUUCGACACACUUCUUGUCCUAGUAGUUAGUCCGCUCCUUACUCUGACUGUGGUCUAUGCUCUUCUUUUGCUCCGGUCUCGCAUUCGACGAAGACGAUGGCGGGCACCUAAAUCUCUCGUGGAACGUCUCCCCGUUCGAACCUAUCAAACUAUGGCAAGGUCAUCGUCCUCUUCCGCAACGAGCUCCCCCCGAGCCUCUAGCCCGGACACCACUUCUCCAACUUCUCCUUUGCUUGUACCCGAAGACCAUUCAGAGGGCCCCGUGUCUAGGCCACGGUCUCACAGGCCGACUGGAAAUAUUCCUGAUCCCAAGCAGGCUUCCAAAAAAGCCGAGUCAUCAAAGGGAGAAAAAAGUGGAUCUGGAUCCACUUUGUGGCGGCGCAAGUACACUGGACGACAAGUAGAAUGUGUUGUCUGUCUUGAAGAGUAUGUGGAUGGAGAGAGCAGGGUGAUGAGCUUACCCUGUGGACACGAGUUCCACGCCGAGUGCAUUACUCCUUGGCUGACCACGCGCCGACGGACUUGUCCGAUUUGCAAGGGAGAUGUCGUCCGGUCGAUGUCCAAGUCCACCUCGCCUGGGGCUGAGAAUGACGUCCAUGAGGAAUCACACCAGGGUGCAUCAUCUGCCCCUGUUCCUAUUGCCUUGAGCGAGGAUGAGAUGUCGGACAUGGAGCACCGCGCAGGCUCCGAUCCAGGGCUUCUGGAAGGGCAGGCAUCUUCUGCGCCUCCAUCGACCUGGAGGAACCUUGCAUCGUCGUUCAAUUUCUCCGUUCUCAGUGGAGACACGAUCUGGCAUCAAGCACGCGCAGAUCGAAGUAGAUGA